CCAUACAUGUUUAUUUAUAUUAUUUACCUUUUUUUACCUAUCAAUCCUAAUAAUUAAUACCAUUAAAAAUAAAUAAAUUAGUAAUAUUAAAACUAGUAUGGAUUCAAAAAUUAAAGUUCUGGUUUGUGGUGAUGUUCGUGGACGAUUUAAGCAAAUGUUUCAACGUGUCGAAAGCAUCAAUAAAAAAGCUGGACCAUUUGAAAUUUUGUUGUGUGUUGGCGAUUUCUUUUCUACAGAUGAAAAGCAAAAUGAGGAGUUGAUAGCUUACAGAAAUGGUCACAAAAACAUUCCUGUUCCAACGUACAUAUUGGGUCCCAAUAAUGAGAAAUCCUUGGAAUUCUACAAAGAUAUUGAGGAUGGAGAGAUUUGUUCAAAUUUAACAUAUUUAGGUAAACGUGGACUUUACACAUUAUCUUCGGGCACGAAAAUAGCAUAUCUAAGCGGCAUAGAAAAACCGAAUGGAGCAAAAGAUGAAGAUUACUAUUUCCAAUUGGACGACAUUGAAGCAGUUCGUAAUUCCUGCUUGGUUAAUAAGUCAUCGGCUAGUGAUUAUCGUGGUGUUGAUAUACUUCUUACUUCACAAUGGCCCUAUGGUGUGGCCGAAGAAGGGAACAGCAAUGCUUCGAAGCUUAUAGCGUUUUUAUGCCGAGACAUAAAGCCUAGGUACCAUUUCUGCGGACUAAGUCAAAAGUAUUAUGAGCCAGCACCAUAUAGACUAAAAUCCGACCAAAUUACUCAAUUGGAGCUGUGCACACGAUUUAUAUCAUUGGCCGAUGUGGGGAAUUCAAAUAAGCACAAAUACAUUUAUGCAUUGAGUUUAACGCCGGUGGAAAAGAUGCGAGUUUUGGAGCUUAUACAGAAGACAACCAAUGAAACCAAAUGCCCAUUUUCAGAUAUUGAUUUUAAGGAUCUUAAACUUAAAGGCCAAGAGACUGAGAGCAAACAAUACUUCUUCGAUAUGGAAGGUAAAAAUGAAAAUCGCAAACGAAAGGGAAAUGAUCAUCAACACAAAAGACCCAAAGUGCAACAAUGGGAUCAAGAUAUUUGCUGGUUUUGUUUAUCAUGUCCAAAUGUGGAGAAGCAUUUGAUUAUUACCAUAGGAUCUCAUUUCUAUCUCGCCCUUGCUAAAGGCCCCAUUAAUGACUACCACAUUUUGAUAUUGUCUAUAACUCAUAUACCUUGUGCUGCUCAACUAACCGAAGACGAUUGGAAAGAACUUUUACGUUUCAAGAAGGCUUUGAGAAAAUUCUUCAAAGAGCAAAACCAAGUGGUUUGCUUUACCGAAAGAAAUUAUAAAACGUCUCAUUUACAAAUCAAUGUGUUUGGCAUUGAUGAAGGUUAUGCAUGGAAAAUUCAGCAUGCUUUUGAAGAUAAAGCGGAAGAAUUCAAUUUAGAAUUUGAAACCCUGCCUCCUUUGGAUUCAUCACAAAUGCUGCCGCAACAAGGUCCUUACUUUGUCGCUGAAUUACCCAAUGAGACCACUUUGAUAACAAGACAAAUGAAACAUUUUCCCAUUCAUUAUGCUAGGGAUGUGUUUUGCUCGGAAAAUCUCUUAAAUUGUGAUGAAAAAGUGGACUGGAGAGCCUGCAAGUUGGAUGUCGAGAGCGAAACGUCUUUAGUUAAAAAUUUUAGAGAAAAUUUUGCUAAAUUUGAUUUUACCUCCUAGAAUGUAGGAAAGUAAGUGUAUGGUUUCUUACUUUGUUUUCUAUGUACAAGACCGUUUUAUUUUCGUUGUAUGACCAUUCUAUAAUAAGCUAAUAAAAAAAAUUACAUCUAAAAUA